UCUGCCACUUCUCUAAAGCUGUGCCAGUCCUGCAUCACAAUUUAUUAUUUCUCAAAUUAUUAUGUCCAUAGACUUAUUUUUCAGUAUAUUUGUUGCUUGAAUUUUGUAAUUUUAUGUUGUCAUGUGUAUUUGGUCUUCAGCUUUAUCACUAUGUGGUGCAAAAGGAUCUGGCAAAUCUGACAAAAGGAAAUUUGAUCUUUAAGCUGAAGAGCAUAGAUAUGGAUUCGCCUUCUGUAUAUGACUGUGGUUCAUUUAUGUUGUUUCACGCUAUCUAAUGCUGUGUGAGCAUCAUACCCAUGACAGUUUCACAUUUAGUAAUCUUUAGGGCCUAAUGUCGGCACAGUCAAGCUGAUCUGAAUUAUAAUACCCAUAUUUUUAUUUCAAGUCACAUAAAUCGUUGCAGGAAGGGCUUGUGUCUGGAUUGAGAAUUUAUUUGGGCUGUAAAUGAGGCUGUGUUCAUACAUCUGGCCUUUAGAAACGGAAGCUUUGUUAAAAGUCUUGGGGGGGGGGGCGGUUUAGAGCACUGAAAUGGCACUUCCUGAGAAGUCACAUUUAACAUGAAAUACUUUACCUCCUGCACACUAAGAGAAAUGCAUAUAAACAUAAUAGAGAAGAACAUAUAAACGGUUCAGCCUUACUGCAGGAUUUAGACUGAAACAACAGAUUCUCUUCACUCCUAAAUGUUUUACAGCACCAACCAAAAGAGGAACUAUGUCGUCUAACUUAACAUGUGAGGAGGGCACAGCUGAAUGGUAUCAGAAUCAGACAAACUAUGUUUUUGUUGCUGUAUAUAGUGUGGUCUGUAUAACUGGGAUCACGCUCAACUUUAUGGCAAUUGUAGUUUUUUUCUGCUACACCAAGUCACGCUCACACACCAUUGUAUACAUGACCAACCUUGCUAUAGCAGAUCUCCUUCUGGUUUGUACUCUACCAUUACGGAUCUAUUAUCACUUGGGAUUUCAAGGCCUAUCACAAAAGAUCUGUGAACUUGCUGGUCUUGUGCUGUUAGCCAACAUGUAUGGAAGCAUCUUUCUCCUUACCUGUGUUAGCCUUGACCGUUGCCUGGCUGUUUGCUUCCCUAUGUCAUCCCGAGUGCGUGAAGGCCGCAAAAAGGCACCACUAGUCUGUCUGGGGAUUUGGAUGCUAACAACAGGAGCCAGUCUGCCCAUGUACCUGACUAAGAAAAAGGAGGAAAACCACACCAAGUGUUUUAGAAGCUUUCCAGCAUAUGCCAUAAACAUCAAUGCCAUUGCCUCCUCACUGACAGUAGGAUUUGGGAUGCCACUGAUCAUCAUGGUUAUCUGUUCAUGGGGGUUAGUACGUGCUGUCAGGAAAAGCACUGCAGUCCAGAUGUCUGGCUUGAUUGACAGCUGCAAGAUCCAGAGGAUGGUAAGCAUUAACCUGGCCAUAUUUCUGUGCUGCUUUCUGCCAUAUCAUGCCAUGCUGGUGGUGAUUUACUCCUACAGACACGAUACUGAAAGGAUACCAUGCUCAGUGAUGUCUGCCUACUACUAUACUUUGAUGGUAACUUGUCUGAAUGCCAUUCUGGACCCACUGGCUUACUAUUUUACUACAGAGACUUUCCGUAAAAAUGUUGAAAUAGAUGCUGUUCGGAGAAUGUUGCCAAUGAACAACAUGAGCUCUGAUGGAAACACCCGCUCCAAAGCACUUGUCAGUACUUAAAGUCAAAAAUAGUCUUUUUGGCUGGAAGUAGUGGAAAUUACAAUUGACAGACAUCUGCAUCAAAAAAUAAACAUUAUGGUGACAUAUUGCUGACUUCUCAAAAGGAUUUUACUAACUACACCAUAUGGGAGAUGAGAAAGUCAUUACAAAACAGAGUUGAGAAUAUCCUAUGGGGCUGGAUUUAUUCAUAUACAGAACUGAAAAACAGCUAAAUAAAGCACAUAUUACAAGUGUCAUUUACAAAGGCAUGACAUGUAACUGAACUGUACAAAACAUGGAUGUAAUAAUGUUGUAAUAAUGUUCAAAAUUAUUUAAUUAUUAUCAAGAAUUAUUUAAUUCAAGAAUUAUUUUUAAUUCAAGAAUUAUUUAAUUAUUAUCUGUUCAACAAUUCAUUGCACACCUUCAUUUUCUUUUGUGACAUAUACCUCUUAGUUUUUAUUAGAGUAGGUGCAAUGAUUGGUGUUGUUUUGUGUCUUUUUUAAAUUAUAAUAAUAAUAAUCCCUCCAUUAAAUUUAUACUGUCUGAGUAUUCACAUUUAGUUGAUUCUGUUUCUAUGGUUAAACUGGUAUAACUGGGUGUGGCAGGGAUUGCAAACAGAAUUUAUUUUUAUUUAAUUGUAUAUAGUGUUCUAUUUCCACAUAUAGAAUUAAGCAGUAUUGGAUUUAGUAUUUUUGUUAUUGCCCUUAUUAAUAAUAGUGAACAUAUUAUGAUGAUAUCCAUGAUAUACUGAUGAUAUUCUGUAUAAAUCAUCAAAAAAAUUGAUGUUUGUGAAAAAUAUAAUUGUUUUCUUUUUUUGCUUGUUUUAUUGUUAUUUUUCACUUUUAAGAAAUAAAUUUGCAGCCUAUUCAUUAUGUUAGGUUAACCCGACAUUCACAGAACAUGUUUUGGAACCAGUCUUGAUAAUAAACCACAAUUGAAAUACUGGAGAGUGUUGGAGGGUAAAAAAUAAUUAAUUGCCAUGUUAUAGCAAUAUCAACUCAGAGACUGUCUUACUUAAGGUUCCAUGGGCUUGUAAUGAAAAUGGUCCGGUUUGGGGGGUGGUAAAGAAUAACCAGUUCUUCCAGGCUGGCCAGUUCUAGGGUACAAGUGUUUCUAGUGUUUGUUUAUCAUGUGAUACAGGUUAUAAUGUGGGUAUCAGGGAAGGUAUCUAUGCUAUAAAAUGAUCUAUCUAUGGCCCUGUGCUAUUGAUGGGAAGGUUGUGAGUUCAAAUCCAGGCACCACUAAACUGCCACUGUUGGGCUCUUGAGUAAGAACCUCAUAGAUGAUCUACUCAGCUCAAAAUGUUGGGCCUGUCAACAUGCAGAUCUACAUGUAAAAUCUUCGUUUCCACUGUCAUGUUGAUGCCGGAAAUGGCAUCUAACUACACGUCUGAGAAACAAGACUGCUGUAAACAAGACUGCUGUAAACAAGACUGCUGAGGACUACAACACCGAAACUCUUUGAACUGAAGGACUUUCAGUUCACAUAAGCAUGUGAAGUAUACACUGUCAUUUUGUACCAGUCGAUACCAACACGUUUGAUUACCGUGUGUGUCCCUGGUUUUUGAUCUAGUUGUAUUUUUCUCAUUUUGUGAUUUUGCCUAGCCCAGUUCAUGUUGUUUGCUCAUUGCCUAACCCUUGCCUGUUUUUUUUUACAUCACUUUUGUAUUAUCUGUCUGUCUUGUUUCUAUGUUGAAUAAAACCACUGAGUAGGUGCACUUGUGCUCUGUUUCCUGACACCCACACCAUCCUCUCAGCCAAAAACUGAUAUUACAUUGACAAAAACCUUCUGUGACACAGUGUAUAAAUAACUUUAAUAAUUGCCUGAUAUAUACAGAGCAUUUCCAUUUUAUCAUUAAAACCCUGUAAUGCAGGUUCUUUACAGGACCUCUAUGUAACACAAAAAUGUAUACCUAACACAGGGGUGUGUAUUGUCAACAUAUCAGUUCUGUGAAAAAACAUUUAUCUUUAU